UUCUUCUUCUUCUUCUUCUAUGCAUUGUGUGAAUGUUUUCCUACAUUUGAAGCCCAGUAAGAUUGCUUUUAUAAGCUUCCACUUCAACUUGCCAGUUACUGUAUAUGUGUUGCAUGUUUUCCCACGCGUGUGCCUCAAGUACAGAUCCCCAGACGUACACAGACGUCAGCGGUUAUGUUCCUGUAUUCAACGGGCCGAUCUGGUCCACCUUUUACACGCUGCUGCUCCCGCUUUAGACGUGUUUAAUCUGGCACUCUUUGGGUCUCCACAAAUACACACAGCUGGGAUUAUUUUUACUCCCUUGCUCCUGCUUAAACCCCUUUCUCUCUCUCUCUGUUUUUGACCUCCGUGUGUUACUUUUAGCUCAGGAUUUGAAGGGGGUGUGAGGGGGGGGGGGGAGUGAUUUUUUAAUUUUUGCUCUCUGGUGACAUCUGGCGGUCAGAGUCGCCAUUCUUCUCCCUCCGCUCCAGCUUUGAGGAUUUGAAGAAUGCAAGAAUCUCCCAGAAGGAAAAGAGAUCGCUUGUCUGUCAGUCAUGCAUUAGUCAUCUCGGGGAGCCACAGUUAUCUUGAUUACCAUCUCCGGAUUCAGUAGCUUUUCAUUCCUCUGCCACUCACGCACACAAAAGUCAUCCUCAGGACUAAGUAAGUUGAUCUGUGGGCGCCACCGGUUCAAGAGCAAACUGGUAAUUGAACCUGGACUACUUAGGUACGUAAGAAUGCAUAACAAGGUGGGAAAUGGAUAUGGGGCGAUUUCGAUUUGCAAUCAAUCUGUGGCGUGCGAGUUAAAAGAAAAGCAGCCAUUUUGAAACACCACAGAGAUAAUUAAAUGAAUGUUACAUAAAGAAAAUAAAUGGAGCCAAAGUCAUUUGGAGCCCAUUUCCUCUAAAUGCCACCAAGAAGAUAUUUUGUGAACUCUGGCAAGAGAUAGACAGUGAUUGUAUCAUUAACCACUACUGCUGAAUAAGAGAGAGAAAUAAAUCUAUACUGAUCCCUAAUGAAUGGAUUUCAAGCAGUGCUUACGUUAUGAAAUGGCAGAUAUAAUGAGCAUUUUUAAAUAAAGUGCCAUACACAGACUCGUACUCCUUAAAAUGUAAAAUAUUUUGUUAAAGCUACAAACAUUAAUAUUAAUUAGGUUAUCAACGUUAUGAGGCCGUUUCUUCGAGGAUAGCCCAGAAUAUAGCUUUAUUCCCAACAAACAGCACCAGGUUCCAGUCGAAGUUCAGGUUUCUGACAGGAAAUGGACUUUUGGCGGGUAUUAUUUUCCAAUUAAACUUCAUUUUGCCGUGCUCGUUUCCUCACAUCCAAACUUACAGAGUGCUGCCAUAAAAUAAACAGGUGCUACAAGAAAGCUUUAAGAGGGUGCAGACGUUUUCUUUUGUUUCAACUCGUCUUUCUUGUCUUAUGUCACAUUAAAGCUAGAAAAAUGGAUAAAACGUACAUUUUUGGUUUAACUUUUCAUACACAUUUGUGUAAAUCCUCUAUACGUGAAAGUAAAAGGGGAGGAAAAAUCGUUUAAUCAAAUUAAAUGUCUGUAAUUGUGCUCGCUACUCUUUGAUAGAGCUUCACUGUCACGUGACUCGUCAAGCUUCCCCCCCGUCUGUCCCUCGCGGAAUCUAUGCGGUGUCACGUUGCCAUGGAGAGCAUUUUUGUUUUCUUCCCCCCACAAAGCACAACCUUCCCCCUCACACCAAGUGAAAGGUUGUGUUUUAAGUUUGUAUAGAAGCGUUUUAUGAAUGAAGACUGGGAACCAGUGUGGCUUCCCGAUGAGCAGACAGGUUUUCUGAGGCGGGUUAACAGCAGAGACCAGCUAACCUGUCUGUUUACAGGCUCUCAGGGACGCCAGGAUGAGCUGCUCGGUGGCAAGGGGCCGUCUGCAGGUCCUCCAGAUCUACCGCCUGCUGCAGUGGAUCCACAAAGGAGAGAAGGAGGAGAUCGAGAAGAUGGUGAAGCUCGGGGUGAAGAACCUCAUCAACCUCACCGAGCCACAGGAAGGCCUGGGAGUGCUCCACCUGGCGGUUUCAGCCAACAAUAGCGACCUUGUUGAGUUUCUCCUCUCCCUCGGCGCCCAUCCCGACGUCCAAGACAAGAUGGGCCGCACGCCCGCCAUGCUCGCAGCGGAGCUGGGGAACCAGGAGAUUUUAUCGCUGCUGUUCCAGAAGCAGCCUGACAUGACCCUAGUGGACAUGCAGGGCAAAGGCGUGCUAUUCUACUGCAGCUACCCCACCAAGCGCCACGCCCACUGCCUAGAACUGGCGCUGCAGAACGGGGCCGAUCCCAACAACAUCUCCCGCAGCGGGGUUCACGUUCUUAGCAUGAUGUGUGAGAAAGCUAACGAGUGCACCCCCUUGUGUCUCACCCUGCUGGAUGCUGGUGCAGACCCCAAUGGGGCAAAUGAGACAACGGGCGUGACGGCGCUGAUGGAGGCUGCCAGGACGGGCUCCCUGCCGGUUGUUCGGCACAUCCUCAGGAACCGUGGAAACCCGAACACCCUGGACAAAAACGGUUUCAACGCAGUACACUACGCCGCCCUGAGCGGCUGUUUUGAGGUAAUCAUGGUGCUGUCAGGAUUUGCAGCAGAUAUGAGUGUGGUUAACACAGAAAGCUGUACGCCCUUACACUACGCCGCCGCCGCAGGCACUGCCCCGUCCUGCAAGUUCCUUGCUCAGAGAGGUUGUAACCCCAAAGUAAAGAACAAGGAAGGUUUGCUGGCACGUCAGAUUGCCAAAGAAUCCGGACUCAAGGCAGCGGUCAAGGAGCUGAAGAAAGCAGAGCGGGCAUUUGGGAAAAGCAAAAAAUCCACCGGUGGCAGCUACAUGUCAGAUCUCUGGGCCCUGACCCUUCACGAUUGGUCAAACGAGUACCAGGCUGAAUUAGUGGAAGCCUUUAGGGACCAAUUUGGCUUUGCUGACUUAGACACCUUCAAGUCUGUGUUAGAGAACCUGCGCGCUCCGGUUGAACCAGACAACCUCAACCUAGUCUUCUCAGCACACAACAAGAAGGGAGAGGGCCUGAUCAACGUGAAUGACUUCAUCAAAGGCACCAAGUACAUCAAGAAAGUCUUCCGUCUCUCUGUGUACACGACUCAGAAGAAAAAGAAAGAAAAGGGGCCUAAGAUGAAGAAGAAGAAGAAAGGCCCGUUUGUCCUCCCCAUACCCAUUUGCACCCUCGUGCCGGAGCUCAAGCCCCGACGGCCCGACGGCGGCCCGCCUCACUUCAUGAUUGAGAAGUACCACAACUUGACAGACGUUCGCCGCUUUGACAGUGAGCACCCGCCGCUUCAUCCCAUAGUCAACGACUCGUGGUGGUACAUAGAGAAGCCAAACAAAGUUUACAUCAACAUGAACUACUGUGUGAGGAACGGAGAUUUGGAGUCUCUGAACCUCGCCUUCGACGACGGAGUACCUGUGGACACUCAGGAUGAAUUUUACAAGACCCCGCUGAUGGAGGCAUGCAUCAGCGGCAACUACGAGUUGGUCCAGUACCUUUUAGAAAAGGGGGCUGACGUGAGCAUCUGUGACCAGUUCUUCUGGACGGCCCUCCACCACGCGGCCAACAGGGGAUAUUUGGAAAUUGUGGAGCUUUUGGUGAAUGCCGGGGCCGACGUCAACGCAAAGGCCCUCAACGACGGCACGCCGCUCAUGAGAGCCAUCGAGAGCUCCAGCUUCUCCUGUGUGGAAUUCCUCAUCAAUGCCGGGGCCAAAGUCAAUUCAGAGACCAAGAAAGGAGUAACCUGCCUUGAUGUGGCCAGACACUUUGGAGAAACCGGUAUAGAGAGCCUGGUUCAGGAAAAGGUGAACGCUCUGCCAGACCCCAAGAAAUCAAAACCUAAACCUACUAAAAAGAAGGUGGCUGCUGCAGGGGGCGCUGUGCAGAGCAAGACGAUGACUGGGACAUCAGCGAGGACGCCCACGCAGAUGGACUCCAAAAGCAUCAUCCUCCAUAACAGCAGGAUCACCGCAGGAAAAACUAACACAGUGGAUAUUAGCUUUGUGCCAAAAACCAUUUGGGGUGAACCGCCCACCACCAGCCAGCUGAUGUCAAACAUAGCGAGACAAAAGGGUCGCAUCACCUUGGAGGUGGACUUGGACGACUUGUUGAUCCCUUUCAGCCAGCGCUUCCAGAGACGGAUCCUGGAGCUAACCAAGCCAAAGACCAAACUGGAGGAAAGCCAGAGACAGAGACAAGUGUCCUAAUUAUGUUACUCUGCUUAUGUUGUCAUCAUCGUUGCCUUUUUAUUAUUAUUAUUAUUAUUAUUUUUGACAGCUCAUAUGAAAAACGACAUUCAGCAUAUGUCCAUCCCUGGGGCAGUGGGAUUUUUACCAACAACUGAAUUAAAUAUAGAGCCAUGCAGAUAAUGAGAAUGUGAGUAAUCAAGUGAAAAUAAAAAGUUCUUUCCUCUUA